AGUGAAGCUACCCAUCAUUUUCCACACCACCUCAGUAAUGGCAAACUAACGACCAAAACAACAAUAAAAACUCCCUUUGUCAACGCAAAAGAAAAACCCAGCUUACAACUUGCAACAAGUUACAAGGUGUAUAAACUAAAAAUCCUGAGAGGCUCAGAUCUUCUCCUUCUUUCUCUCUGAAUUGACUAUAAAUUCCUACUUUACAAAGGUUAAUUUGUCAACUCCCUUUUCCCACCAACCUAAGUUCAGUAAUCCUUAAACUAAAGCCUUAUUUAGAGGUGAAGCUAAGUUAUUGUGAAUAAUAAUAAUAAUGGGUUGUUUCCAAUCAACAUUGGUCCCUCCCAAACAACCUCUUAAUCAUGCUAAUGGAGCUGGAGAUUCCUCAGACAUCGGCGACGGAACUUCGGCUUUAUUCUUGGAGUUCUCACUGCAAGAAUUGAAAGCGGCAACCGACAACUUCAGCUCCAAGUCUAUCGUUUCUGAAGGCGGUGAAAAGGCCCCCAAUGUCGUGUACCGUGGCCGCCUUCAGAAUCGCCGAUUGAUCUCAGUCAAGAAGUUUUCUAAGCUUGCUUGGCCUGACCCCAAACAAUUCGCUGAGGAAGCUAAGGGAGUUGGGAAAUUGCGACACAAAAAAUUGGCGAAUUUGAUUGGGUACUGCUGUGACGGCGAUGAGAGGUUGCUGGUUGCGGAGUUUAUGUCUAAUGAUACACUUGCUAAACAUCUUUUCCAUUGGGAGAGCCAAACACUUGAGUGGGCGAUGCGAUUGAGAGUUGCUUUAUAUAUUGCUGAAGCACUGGAGUACUGCAGCACUGAAGGUCGCCCACUGUAUCAUGACUUAAAUGCAUACAGAGUUCUCUUUGAUGAGAACGGGGAUCCACGACUUUCCUGUUUUGGCUUGAUGAAAAACAGCAGAGACGGAAAAAGUUAUAGUACAAAUCUUGCCUACACACCACCAGAGUAUCUAAGAAAUGGAAGAGUUACCCCUGAAAGUGUAAUAUUCAGUUUCGGGACAGUUCUUUUGGAUCUCCUUAGUGGCAAGCAUAUUCCUCCUACUCAUGCUCUUGACAUGAUACGAGGGCAAAACCUCCUUGUCCUAAUGGAUUCACAUUUGGAAGGAAAAUUCUUAAUGGAGGAGGCAACAGUUGUGUUUAAUCUUGCCUCGCAAUGCUUGCAGUAUGAGCCAAGAGAACGGCCAAAUGUCAAAGACCUAGUUACAACACUUACUCCAAUACAGAAUAAAGCUGAUGUUCCAUCUUAUCUGAUGUUGGGAAUACCAAAGCCUGAGGAUGCACCUGCUACACCUCCGCAGCCGCUUUCUCCAAUGGGAGAUGCUUGUUCUCGGUUGGAUCUCACUGCUAUCCAUCAAAUAUUGGUUUCAACACACUACAAAGAUGAUGAAGGAACCAAUGAGUUAUCUUUUCAAGAGUGGACACAGCAAAUGAGAGAUAUCCUUGAGGCAAGAAAGCGUGGCGAUUUGGCAUUUCGUGAUAAAGAAUUCAAGACUGCAAUAGACUGCUAUUCACAGUUUAUAGAUGUUGGAACUAUGGUCUCUCCAACUGUUUAUGCUCGUCGAAGUCUCUGCUAUCUGUUCAUGGACCAGCCGGACGCCGCUCUAAGAGAUGCAAUGCAAGCACAGUGUGUAUAUCCAGACUGGUCAACAGCUUUCUACAUGCAAUCAGUCGCCUUGUCAAAGCUUGACAUGCACAAAGAUGCAGCUGACAUGUUAAAUGAAGCUACUCAAUUAGAAGAGAAACGGCAACGUAGUGUGAAAGGAGGCUGAGGACCAAACUCUGUACAAUUCUUUCAUCAUUGGUUCUCAAUUGUUUGUUUGUCUUCGCAGUACAAAGGGUGUAUGUUGGGUGUAUGUAUGUCUUACUCUUGCAUUUUGAUGCUGUACCAUAUGAGGGAGAGGUGUAUUUUAUCGUUAUUGGUUGACUGUUGGCCAUUUAUUAGUAUUGAAAUUCAUUGAAAUAAUUUGUUCCAUUUUAAAUUAUGUACAUUUUCAAACAUAUAAUACAACACAAUUUUGGGAAUUACAAGGUUGCAAGUUUUUUUUA